AUGGAGUGCCAAUUCAUUCAAAAGAUCCUCAUCUUGAGCGGUGAACACUUCAAAGAACAGUUCAGCUCCUAUGCUGCAACAAAAUCGCUGGAAGAGCCCACUGAACCUGAAUGGAACAUCGACACCAGUCCGCCAUCAACAACAGAAAUCCAGCGUGUGAUAUCACAUCUUCUACGCGGCAAGGCACCUAGCCCGGAUGAUCUACAAUCCGCACUCUUCGAAGGUGAUAAGGAAUGUCUCGAAGUUGGAAUUAUUGAUAGUGCGAUCCACACCGCUUUUCGGAUAAGAAACGUGGCCUCUACGCGCAGGGGACAUGCGAAGAUUAUCGAUGUCUAUCGGUCCGAAGUACCAGCCGGUUUCAGUGAGAAUAUCGGAUUAGCAAUGGGGAAUGACCCAGGACGGCUCGAGGAACUUUCACGCGAUGGAGAAGCUACUUACGAAUCGUACCAUUGUCGAGCCACCAUGAGCCCCGGACAGGAAAGAGUAGCCGCUUAUACACCCCCUGACUGA